CGGGUUCGAUCCCCGGCAACGGCGCAUCACUUUUGCUUUUCCUUACUUUUUUUCUUAUGUCUUUCUCCACAACUUUCAAACUCUCACAUGUCUUUUGCUUGUAUCCCCUUCCAAGUUCCUUGCCUGAAAAAACACGUUACCCACAUAAACACACACGCUAAACCCCCGAUUCCAAAUUUCAAUCUUCUAAACCACUCCACAAUCAUCAACACACCUUAAAAAAUUCCCAUUAAAUCACCAAAAAAGAACCAAAAAAAAAAUGUUUUCUCCCUUUUCUUUUCCACCACCUACACCGCCACCAAACCCACGAAUCCGGCAAUGUCCGCCACACCACGGUGCUGUCCAAUAUCCACCACUCGCAUCCACAUAAUGGCCUUAGAUGGAAUCGUCAAUGUCAAUUCACUCUUCUCAUUCGCCCUCUUCGUCGGCCUAGCGUUUUACCCCACCACUGACCCCGCCGACAUGCUCAUCGGCUCCAACAUGGCCUGCGCCGCUGGGGCCUCCUCCGCCGAGGGCCUCAUUGCCUUCCACGUGUACUCCUUCAGCUCCUUCCUUUUCUCCAGUCUCGUUGCCUUGGCCCUCAAGCAAGCCAUCAAGAUCAGCAGAGACAUUGGGGAGGACAAUGGCGACGGCAGCUCAGUCUCCCACAUAGGUCAUGUGAACCGGGUGGCUUUGCGGGUCGGGACGCUGGUUUCAGCGUUCGGCUCGGUUUCGGGUUGUGGGUUUUUGGUGGUGGCGCUGGUGGACUUGGUUCAGAUCAAAUUGGGGAGGUUGGGUUGUGGGAGUCUGUACACUUUGGCUGCAAUUGGUCCUCUGGUGACUUUGGUUCCUCUAGCUCUUGUUAUAUAUGUUUUUCUUGUGCUACAAGCUUUUACUAGAUAGAAAAGUAUUAUCAAUAAAAAAAGGAAGUUAAAAUUGUA